AUGAACACCUGUACACAGUGUACGAAGUCCAAAAAUGAUCAAGAUCUGGAGAGAAAGUACUGGAAGAGCUGCCUCUAUGACUCACCAAUUUAUGGUGCUGACAUCAGUGGCUCCUUAUUUGAUGAGAACACUAAAGAGUGGAACCUGGGACACCUGGGAACCAUUCUGGACCUUUUGGAGCAGGAAUGUGGAGUUGUCAUUGAGGGUGUCAACAUGCCCUACCUGAACUUUGGCAUGUGGAAGGCCACUUUUGCGUGGCACACAGAGGACAUGGACCUUUACAGCAUCAACUACUUGCACUUUGGGGAGCCCAAAACGUGGUACGCGGUGCCCACUAAACACGGGCAGCGCCUGGAGUGCCUGGCCAGGGAGCUUUUCCCAGCCAGUUCCCAGGGUUGUGAGGCCUUCCUGAGGCACAAGGUGGCCCUCAUCUCGCCCACAGUCCUCCAUGAGAAUGGCAUUCCCUUCAAUCGCGUGACUCAGGAGGCUGGUGAGUUCAUGGUGACAUUUCCCUAUGGCUACCAUGCUGGCUUCAACCAUGGCUUCAAUUGUGCGGAGGCCAUCAAUUUUGCCACUCCGAGGUGGAUUGAUUAUGGCAAAGUGGCGUCUCAGUGCAGCUGUGGGGAAGCCAGGGUCAGCUUCUCCAUGGACCCCUUUGUGCGCAUCCUGCAACCCGAGCGCUAUGAGCUGUGGAAAUGUGGACAUGACGGGGCGGUAAUGGACAACACGGAACUCAUUUUGUGUGUCAAACAGAACUGA